AUUCAGUUUUUUACACACAUAUUUUUGGCGGCUAUUUUGUUCAUCAUCCUCAUCUUGUAGCGAAAGCCAUGAAUUCCAGAGACUUGACCAUAUUCUCAACGGCUAGUUUUCUCGGUGCUCUCGUAUCUGCUCUCACAAUUCGCUUCUUCUUAAACCCUAGAAAGCAUCUCUCCGCAUCAAACGGCGUCGUUGGAGCUAAGUCUUCUAAUCAGUCCCCCUUCGAUCCUGCCAAACGCAAAGGGUAUAUAUCAUGGGACGAUUAUUUCAUGUCUAUCGCGUUUUUAUCGGCUGAGAGGUCUAAAGAUCCCAAUAGACAGGUUGGUGCAUGCUUGGUUAGUGAAAACGGUGUUAUACUUGGUAUUGGAUAUAAUGGUUUUCCUCGCGGGUGUUCUGAUGAUAAACUUCCUUGGUCAAAGAAAUCCAAGACCGGAGAUCCCUUGGAGACAAAAUAUCCGUAUGUGUGCCAUGCUGAGGUCAAUGCUAUCUUGAACACAAAUCAUGCUUCUGCUGCAGGGCAGAGGCUAUAUGUUACAAUGUUUCCCUGCAACGAAUGUGCCAAAAUUAUAAUUCAGUCCGGAGUUUCUGAAGUUGUCUAUUAUGUGGAGAAGAGGUUGGAGAACUCCGAAUCUGCUUAUGUUGCAUCACAUAAACUUUUGUCAAUGGCAGGUGUUAAGGUAAGGAGGCAUCAACCGCGGAUGGAUCAAAUCUUAAUUAAAUUCGAUAACAUCUCGAAAUCUGUUUCUUCGGAAACUCCUUAAGUUCCUGUAGAACUGACAUCUUAAUGUACUAGCAAAGCUAAUAGAUUUUACAUGUGAUAGUUCUGAUAUGUCAUGUUGCAACAUUUGAUGAAAAAAUUAUGUAUCGACAAUAUCACUUUGGAAUAAUGGUUAUCUUAUGCAGAAACCAUUUUGAACUCUCUA